AUGGUAGAUGAACAACAGCUGGAAUUAAUUGAAGAAUGUCAUGUUUUGCGUCGUGAAUUGAGUGAUUUGAUGAGCAAUGAUUUUGAUCGUAUUCUUAACGAAACCAGUGAGAUUCUUAAAAUGUCAAUUCGUUCGCUGAGACGCUCCGAUGAUCCAACGGAAGCAACAACUGCUGAAGCAACUGCAAAACCCAUUUUAUUAUCAUUAACACAUCCUCAGAACAGCGAAAUACUCAAAUGCACUUUAACACUACAUGGAUCAGAUAUUACGAAUGCUGAUGUGAUUUACAAAGCUGGAACUAAAGUUCAGCCACCAAUGAACACUGCAUUUCGAACCAAUAUCGCUACACAACAGAUGAAAUAUUGGUUUCUUCAACAAUUACAUGAAUGUCGACAACAUCUUGAACGUGCAUUACGCUAUGUUGAAUUAGCUGAUUUCGAGCGCAAUAUCGAUCAAAUUUAUAAAGCCAUACAAUACCUUGACUUGAUCAUUGAUUCUGUUAAUGACGCAAAAGAUAAUAUUUUAUUACCAAAGAAGAAACGUAUCGAUGAUUUACGGCGAAAUAAAAAUACUUCGAUUUUCACUCCGGCUAUUCCCGAAAACAUUGCAUUUAGUUUUUACGUUCAAGGCUCCAAACUUUCCUUUGCUGUUUAUCACACGAGUGUUCAAGGGAAAUCAAGUGGCUAUUUUAAACAUGCCGUUGAAGCUAAUGUUUCCGCACUUGCUGAACUUUUAAAUCACCUAACUUUUAUUCUUUUACAGUUGCAACAAUUUCGGGAUAAAUUGCGUAUUUUUGAUGAAUAUCAAAAUGGUUCCGAUUGGAAAUCUUCAGUGGAGAAACAAAAUACCAACGAUAGUCUAAUGACGAUGUUUUAA